GUAUAUUAAAUGACUACCCUAGAACCACAGAUCUCUGAGGAAUGCUUGAUACCGGCCGAGACGGACACUCCGUUGAUUUGCCCUACCAUACAAUCACCUGUGAGCGUUUUGCAUAAGGUUGCUCGCUGGAAUCACCUGCGUCUUUCUUGGAGUUUGUUUGAAGAGUCCGGUCCACCACAUUGUCCCACAUUUGGUGUUCAGCUCUCAUUACUCGAACCGAAUUCAAAGCAAAUAGACGUGUUUUAUGGGUAUGGAACAAGUAUUCAGAAAGCGAAGCAUCAAGCCGCAACCAACGCGAUGGAAAGCUCCUCCAUUCUCCAGGAUAUUUUAAAGAAGCAAGAAAUCCGUCAACGCAAGCCUCCGACAUCUAAAGAACAUCAACUUUUGCGAAACUUGACUCUGGAUAUCCCACACCCUUCGGGACCUCGGGCGGAAGCACUUCAACUGGCGCAUGUACUGAAAGUUAAAGCAAAUUUCUUCCGUCUCCCCGAUCCACCGUGUACUAAUGUUGGGCGUUCACCCAGCGCGCUCUCCUCCGUUUCAAAUGCGUUUUCGACCGGCGACUUAUGUUCGCCUUCCUGCGGAUAUAUUCAUCGUGUGGCUCUAAGUGUCGGCGGUAGGCAGUUUGUUGGAGAAGCAACCACGCUUUCCGGAGCUGAACAAGAGGCAUCUGUUGCCUUUUUAAGGGCCCUCCGACUGGUGCUGGUUUCCUUUGAAACUUUUGCGAAGAGAAAACAUUUUCAUCGCGAACCUGAUCAACGGAUCCAUUUUCGGCCAAAUUGUUCUGUUUGGCGCCUUCAGGUUCUUGCCGGAUUGCAUCGUUUGCACCCAUCAUUUAAGGUUUUUCUGUCCGAUUUUACUGCUAUCGAUGUGUCCAAGGAGAACACGAAGAAGUCCUAUUGUUGUAUUUGCUCCCUUCCUUCAUUCGAACCUGUGAAUGCUGGUGGUCCGUCGAAAGCCAUCGCUCGUAAACGUGCAGCCGAAGCAAUGCUCAGUCGUCUGAUUCCCGAAUAUUCGGACGGUGUGGUUUUACCCAUCGAAUGCGCACAACAGCCUAGCACAGGACCAGAUAUGCGAAGCACUCGAAACAAAUCAACAAAAACUAAGACUGGUCAGAGGUUCAAACUUGGUCGUGCAAACCCCGAGUAUGGCGAACAUGUUCAUCCAAUGGCACGGUUGCACUACAUUGCUUCCGCUAAAGGAAUCCCAGGGCCGAAAUGCUGGGUCACAGUCGACCAUUUUACCUUUCCCGACGGGUCGCAACUUCCGGGGAGAGACAUCAGUAGUUCCCCCUCUCAGUUCAGAUGCGAAAUGCAGUUCGAUGUUCACCGCACAACUGGAGCACCAGCUGCCAGUAAGCGUUUGGCGAAGCGCUUCGCUGCUGAAGCAAUGCUGAAGUUGGUCGGCUUCACCCGGCCUAAGUCGCCAACUCAGAAAGGUGUUCUCCGUUCAGAUCCGACAGAACGGAAUAUUUCUCCCAAGCCCGAAGGGCAACCAGACCAUUCCUGUGCACCCCAGUCUACAUGCAACAGUGGUACCCAUCACAUUCGCCACACGUCUUUCAGCUCCACCAUGGACGUUCUUGUCUUGGAUGAUGCAGCUGCUAAUGCUUCGCGAAGGCCUUUUAAGAGUCGCUCGACUCGGUUUACCUGUUUGCGCAGAGCGAAGUCUUCCUCUCCCCAUGCCGAUCGGAGGACUGCUGGGAGAGCCUCAAGUGGUUCAUCCAUACUACCACCACCCGUCCGUUUGGAUCAUGCGUUCUCGACCACUACGAUUGGACACUGGUCUGGCUAG